UGCAACAACAUUAUAGCAGUGCCAAUCCAAGCCAGCGAUGAUGCGGAGUUUGGUUCUGUGCACAGAAAUAUGAUGUUUUCGCGGUCAUUUGCGUUGGUAGUCAUAUAAACUGCCCUAGAGCGUAAAAACAGCCGCGCCUGAAUGCAGACAUCGCAAUGUCGGAUCAACUUCCGCAGUUACUCGAAACACUCGGCGCAUACCCUCUACACAGAGCUGUUGAAACCGGAGACAUUAAUGCCGUGGAGCUCCUUCUGCACAAUGGGUAUGAUGUCAAUUCGGGGAACUAUGACCAGAUGACUCCUCUCCAUGUGGCAUGUAAUCGUGGAGACAUCAACUGCGUACGAAGACUGCUGAAACACGGAGCCAAUGUAAACUUCAGCUGCAUUGACGGCGGUACACCUUUGUGUGAUGCAGCGGCCCGUGGAAGUGUCAGCUGCAUUCGUCUCCUCCUGGACCAUGGGGCAUUAGUGAAUCCGCCACUAUGCCUAACUACACCACUUCACGAAGCAUCAUUCAAGGGAAGUCCUGACUGUGUUCAACUUCUUGUGGAUGCUGGAGCAGUGCUGAACGGAAACGACUGCAAUCUUGGGACACCGCUGCAUAUAGCGGUGCUUCGGAACCAUGUGGACUGUGCCAGGAUUUUAUUGAACGCAGGAGCAGAUGUAAAUGCCUUGAAAAUUCAUCAGGCACCACUUCACAUAGCAGCUACGAAUGAGAGUGAAGAACUUGGAUGCCUGCUUCUGGAAUAUGGGGCAAGUGUCUACAUGACAAACAACCGUGGUCUGACUCCACGCCAGCUGAUGCAACGGCCCAACGGGAAGUUAUAUGCCAAGAUCCUUGAACACGAGCGCGUACCAUUGAGCCUGAAGGACAGCUGCAGGCGGCGUAUUAGGGCUGUCCUGGGGCCCCGCAGGUUGAGGCAACUCAGGGAUUUCCACUCCCUUCCGACUGUCAUGCUGGUGUAUGUGGGUCACGGUACCCUAAAGGAAUGCGCAUGAAUCAUGGAAGUAUACGUGUAACCCUGUUGUACCGUGUCUGUACAUUAUGUAUUAUAUACUUGUCUAUUUAUA